AAAUGUUGUAUAUAUGAUAAUGAUUAGUGGUGUAUAUUGUCACUAUUUCCUUUAAAAGGUCAAGAUAAUAUGGCGGACGCCCCUAAAUUUGCGGUGGUUUGGUCCGUUGCUAUGCUAUCCUGUGUAGACACUCUCCAGGGUGAUGAAGAAGAUGUAGCUGCUCGGCCUGAAAACACAAACAUUGUUCGGUUUUAAGACGUUAACUGUGUGAACCGUUACAGCAGGUACGAUGGCCGGUAUCAGGAGAGUUACCGGGAAGUUCUCGGGAAUCAACCCCGCCGUCAGUUGCUGUCGUCUGCGUCAGGUUCAGUCUCUGCUCUGUGAGGGUGGUGCUGCCACUCCUGAUGGCAUCCUGUGCUCUCUGGGAAUUGACAGCAGAUAUAACGAGGGCUGCACUGAGUUGGCCAGAUACCUGUUCUAUGGACUGUACGGGAGAAAUCAGCUGAACGUGGAACAUGUCCUGGAGGAGUUCCCUGAGGAAAUGCUGGAUGAUGUAAUCCUGCUGAUCAAGGCGGAGUGUGUUCACCUGUACUGCAACCCACUGAACUACAGUUACCUGUUGCCCUACGUGUCCCACUGGAGGAACCUGCAUCUCUACUGCAUGACAGAGACAGAGUAUGAAGACGAAGAAGCAGCAGAGGAAUUCAAAAUCUCCAGUUUUGUCACAAUGGUGCAGGACUGCUAUCGUAUCGGAGUACCUUACAGCUCCCAGGGACACGUCCAGAGGUUUGAUAUGUUCAUGGUGGAGAAGUGGCCCCUAAUUCAGGCAUUCGCCCUGGAAGGCAUCGGUGGAGGAAGCUUUUUUACCAUGAAAUACAAGCUCAUGGACAUGAGUGAGAAGCUGUGGCAGGUUUACAACAGACUGGACCCAGUGUCCCUGGACACUCUCCUCACAGAGGACUUAGUGAACUUUGAGAAACAGUGGAGUGGCUUCUUCUCCAGCAUGGACCUGGAGAGCCACCUGUCCAUCCUGGAGCUGUCUGAAGCACAGGCAGGAGAGGCGUUCCGUACGUAUUACUCUCAUGGACUGAUCUCAAGCAACAUCACAGAUAAAAGUAAAAGUCAGCAGCCCUUUGUGCUGUUUGGGAAGCAUUCCUCCUCAGAGGAUUUGGAGAGUUACUCCUUCAACUUUCCCUCAGAGAGUCAUCAGGUCCGCAACACAGGGCCCCUGGGCUCUGCAGCCAGACACAUGAUUCUGCAGUGUGUGUCCCCUAAAGGACCUCUGGCCUGCUCUCGAACCUAUUUCUUUGGGACCACUCACACUCCGUACCUUGGAAACCAGAACACAGAGCAAAAGAAAACACAAGUCUUACUUUUGUCACAGAUUUAUUCAGCUGCUGUUCAGGCAGUCCUGGCAGGGAUCAAAUGCUACUCCUGUUUCUCCAGCGCUACCAAGGCUAAAGACGUAGCAGAGAACACCUUUCUGUUGGCUUUGGACUCAAUGAAUUUGAGUCAAUACCGCAGUUCUCUCAGGUCCAAAUGUGAAUUCAGCAUUCAGGCAGUGAAUAAUCAAGGAAGGAUCAUUCCUCUGACUGAUGAAGAAAGUCGUUACGUAGUGAAAACAGCCUCCAUGACUGUCCACGACAUCCCAGACCUGCAGUGGGACGGAGGGGAUCUGGGCUCUGUGGUCUUCUCUGAAUCCUUCCUGGAGUCCAGUAUCAACAUCCAACAGAAAGAUGGCACUGUGUCCUCAGACAGCUGCUACACCAUCUUGACUACAACUGUGCCUCGCUACGCCUGCUGGCUGAUGGAAUCUGACGUCAAGCAAUCUGAGCAGGCCCAACAUCUUUCUAAGAGAGAGGAAGGCACUUGUCUGGGAGCCGCUCUGACUGUAGCAGACGCUGCGUAUGUGUUCUCCAGCAGCCAGCUCUCCACACCUGAAGAAGGAAAAAUCAUUUUCUUCUCUGAGGGCCUGCUGUUUAUUCACUCUCAAUAUGGAAGCAUCACCCUGUCCAAGGAUCACAUCAGCAACAUCAAGUUCUAUGAUCCGGACUCCAGUGCUGUGGCAUCUCUCCUUGUGGAGUAUGAGAGCAGCCUGCUGCCCCACCUGCCGUUCCCGCUCCACAGCACUGACCACUGUCUGGUCUUUGCUCUUCAGCCCAGGUCAAAGGGCCACAGGGCCUUCUACUCCAAGGUGUUGUCCGUGUGGCAGAACUGUGAGUCUGGACUCACUCUGCAGUUGGUGGAUGAAGAGCACCUGACUUGGAACCAGAAAAACAUGCACAGCAGACUGAAGAAGCUGCACAACAGCCAGGAGCCUCCGGUGGCCAAACGUAGAGGCAGCCUGAAGACUUCAUACUCCCAGCUGCCAGAGCAGGACAUGUUUCUUCAGCACUUUGCCUUGAGUAGUAUUGGACAGGAGCCCAUUCUGUUUGACCACCUGGGGGUGCUCUUCCCCUCCGCUGAGCUGAGGAACCCAGUCAACAGUCAGGGAGACAAGGUCGUCAUCACCAUCAUCACUGGAUUACCAGGAAGCCAUAAGAAGAGGCUCUGCGACUUCCUGGUCCAGUUAAACAAGGAACAUGGAAGGUGGGUGGUGUACCAGCCUGGUCCUGACAGCUGUGACAGCUUCUCAGCCUCUCACCUGCAGCAGUAUCUGUCCAGCUUCCUGGAGAGCCAGAGAGGCCCCGGAGGCAAACCCCGUCUGUUGGUGCUCUCACCUGGAUACACAGAUGUUCUGGAUGUGGUCCAGGCUGUGCUUUUCCACCCUGACCCAGUUGUCCAAGCGUGUUUCACCAUCGGCGCAGUCACUGCUUGUGUGGACCCCCUCGCCUCCUGUGUGGAGCACAGGUUUGCAUUUCCUAAACUGUUGGAACAGUGCAGCCAAGGUAUUGUGAGUACAGUGGUGUUCACCGGGCUGACAGCAGAGCAGAAGCACCCUCUCAUGCAGCAUGUUCAGCAGUUGGUACGCUCUGCCAACCCCACCGCAGCCUUCAUACUGGCAGAGAGAGGAGCUGUCACCAGGAAUGAAGAUGUGAACCUGAUAUUUUCUGAGAGCAGCUUCAAUGAGCCUCAGAUGCUGAGAGCACGUUACGUCCUCUACCCUGGAUGGUGCAAAGGGCGCUUCUUCACCGGUUCUGGCUCUCUGGUCCUCACGCAGCAGCGCGUGGCUUUUAGCCGGCCCCUGGAGAGGCCUCUGUUUGUCGCCCGCUGCAAAGCAUUAAAGUCAUCGCUGAGGCCGAGCCCCUUCAGAGGAAACGUGUACAACGUUUGGGGGAAAGUCAGAUUUUCUGACUCAGACCAGCUGAUGGAGGUGAGCUACAGCACAGUGAGAGGGAACCUGAGCGUCGUCCCAGUGCAGAGCAGUGACCCUUUGACCCCGGGCCCCAAAGAGACCAACACAUCCUGCUUCCUGGUCUUUGAUGGUGUCGGCCUCACUGAGGACGGACUGAAGGACUGGCUCAGACUCUGCGCCAAGCAGAGGCAGACAAAGAAGCCGAAGAAGACUAAAAAUAACCUUUCACCACAAGAAAUCAAGAACAUACACAUGACCCGACACUUGGACCCUCUACCACCAGGCUACUUCUACAACGGUUAUCAGUAUGUUGACAUCUUUGGAGAAAAAAGGAACAUCCAUCCCAACAUGGAGGAGUUCAUCACAGAGUACCUCACCGAGGCCAACAAGGAGAUCGAGCUAUUCAACCGUCAGCUGGAGCUGCAGGGACAGCCCGACCUGUUUGAUCCAUGAUAGAGUCUGUCUGUAUGUCCGCUGCCUCCAUCUGUCUUACUUCACUCUGAGGGAACUGCUGUGGGAGGGACGGGUGGGGGGGGGGNGGGGGGGGGGGGGGGGGGGGGGGGGGGCACAGGGGUCAUUCACUGAACACUCCAAUAGAACGGUCAGUGUGUGUUCACACCACGAGCAUCUGCAGGAGCUGCUGCUUAAAGUCUGCUCAUUAUCUACGUACUAUGUCACUUUGUUUCCUAAUUUGGUGGCAGAAAAAGGUUGAGUGCAGAUGAGCUUUUAAAUGAUGACAUCACCCAUCAGAACCCGUUAUGUCACGGCGUGGCUGUUUGCCUUUCUUCCUGCUGCAGCACCACUGACUGUACAGUUCACACUGUGCGAGUUAGGGAUCAUGUUUAUCAAAUGAAAGUGUGGUCGCUUGUGUUGAUUCAAAUUAAGACACGUUUGUCAAGAGAUGAGAGUUGCACACAACUGCAGACAAAUCUGAAACAUAACGCAACACGAGACUCCACAUUUAAACCGAUGUGAUUACGCCACUAAGCCUGCCAGCUAUGAGACUUUCACAAUUGAAGGGAAUUUCCAAGCGCACACUCCUACAGCUUGUGUGUUUCUGUUUAUCACAGUUGGCAAAUUAAUGCCUCUAUUUCUGGACAGGCAUGGAUAGCCGUGUGAUUCUGGUGGGCUCCCUGGUGGGGUUUCUCAAGAAUCGCUCCUCCUCUGUUGUCACCCAAUCCGUGGCCCACCUGUUAUCUUGUCUGCGUGCCACGCUGCAGCAGAGGGAGCGCUUGGCCAUAGAGCUGUAAACAUUGGACAGCCUGUUGGCUGCAGACAACUGAUGAAUGAUGCCAUUAAUCACAUAGCUAAACGCCAUCCCAGUGCUUUAUUUUAAGACUCCUAAAGUGAAUCUAAUGAAAGUGCAAUAAAGCAGAGUUCAGUCUCUGCAGCAGAGUGUCGUAGUUAUAAAACAGCCGAGGCCUCAAGACCCACAUUGACUCACUGAGGUUACACGUCCAGCAGAAACUUCCCUCAAAGCACUGUAUUCUGUUCAUGAUGAUGCUGCUAGUUAACAUUGAGACACAAGAAGUGAAGUGAAGCCUCGCCUCGCUGCAGCCAGGUGUGAAUCACACAUUUCACCAUUUGGUCAACAAUAAGAAUUUGUUGUUACAUUAGUUUAAAUGUGAACAUUCCCGUGUUUAUCUUUUGGGUCGGACGAGGGGAAAUGAAAUACCGUGGGUAAAGCUAGACUCAGUGUUGGUUAGGGUCGGGUAAACAUGAGUAGAGCCUUUAGUGAAAGGCGUCAGGCUUUGUAUCAGCCGUGUGAUGUUGCAGAGAAUCAGAUGUUCUGUUUCAAUUAGUAGUUCUGCUACUGUUAGCUCUGCGUCCGUGAGUCACACUCAUGUUCUAUGCAUGUCUUCCUCUUGUCAGGGUUCCUACACAGGUCUGAAACGUGUUUGCUGAGCCGUCAGUAGAGAACUUGUGUUGUUGUCCGGGUCGUAUGACCAAUUAUAACUUGUGAUAUCAAACCAAACAAGCAGUCCAGAGUCAAAGUGUGGUAGCUGAGUAGAAGGUGAAAAGGUGUAGGAACCCUGCUGCAGUCUCUGGAGAUGUAAUGGCUUUUAUUCAUCAUGGGGUCAGCAGUGUAACACACAGACUAAUCAACAGUCUUUGGGUCACGUGGCGCCAAGUUUGACUCGAGUGAAUUGAUAGAAAGGAACAUUUAAAUGCACAAAGAAAUGUGCACAUGCUGCUGCUACAAUGGUACGAUAUAUUCAACCUGUUUUUUUAACCAGGUCGUCAAAUACCGACGCUUUAUCACACGGCGUCCUUUAACGUAUCCGUGUGAGGCACAGCUGAAACACAUGAUUAAUGUUGUCAAACAGUCGGCAACAAACGUUAGGUUAGAGUUUGCAGAGUGGUGCAGUGGUUAGCACUGUCGCCUCACAGUGACAGGGUGUAAACCUGUCGGCUGGUUGGAGCCCUUCUGUGUGGAGUUUGCAUGUUCUCUUCACGUCAGCAUGGGUUUUCUCCGACCUCCUCCCACAGUCCAAAGACGAGCAGGUUAGGUUACUUUGUGACCUUAAAUUGACCGAAGGUGUGAACAUGAGAGUAAAAGGUCGUCUGUCUCUAUGAGCCUGUUUGGACCUGGUAUUAACAGGCUUUUUGGGUGAUCCCAUCACAAGUGGACAACCUGUGAACGACCGCCAAGACGGUCUGGGACACAUUUGACCACAUAUCUGUGUCCUGAUGCGUCCCUGACAAGGACUAUGUCAUCAGUGUAGGACGUGGUGGUAGUUUGAGUGAUGCACUAACACUCUAUAAGCUGUCCAUUUUAUGAUGACUUAGACAAUAUCUAAAACAAAGAGGAGAUUCUCUGUCUGUUUUUUUUUUUUUUCCAAUAUCGUAGAUAAGCAAAUAUAAACGGUACGAUAAGCAUAAACUGUACACCUUGAAACCAGUGUGUACCAGCGAUAUCUCCAACUGUACUGAAACAACUGCUAAUGUGACUAGCGAGCAUGCUACAGAGCAGCUAGCAAAAGUGUGACGUAAUAGCUGCAGGGCGGUGACAAAAUCUGAGAUGGCUGGAGACACAUGAGAGGCUCAGGAGUGAACAGUGAUGUGUCUCGGCUGUCCACUAGUGUUCAGAUCACCCAAACACACGGUACGCACGCACCAGGUCUAAAAAAGCUAUGAUAGUCUGGUGGCCUGUCCAGGGUGUUCCCUGCCUCUCACCCAACGUCAGCUUGGAUAGGCUCCACCCCCAUGCGACCCUGUAGCAGGAUAAGUGUCUACAGAUAACGAAUGAAUGAAUGAUUAUGUUUUAACAACACUGACUUUUGGUUUAAACCAGGUGUUGCUGCAGUUUAUAUUAGAGUUAGUUAAAAACCCAACGUGUCUCCUAAAGACGCUAAAGGGUGCCUUCAGCGUUGGUUUCAUUUGACGCCAUGGGAAUGAGAACAGGUUGAUAUAUUACAUUGGCCUUUUUGCACUGUACCAAAAACCCGUCCUGUACUCAGUGAUGAGCACUCUGAGACUUUGAGCGCGUCAGAUUAGAGAGGAAGGGUGUUUCUGCUAAGAGCAUAUUUUCAGUCUGUAAUCUAAUUCCUGCGCAGAGGGGGGAAAUGCUCGCUGGUGAGGUGAACACUUAUUCCCUGGUUCUUAUCGAAGAUAUUUUUAGCUCAGUGGUGACCUCAGUGUAUUUUGGGUUGCCGUUCACAACGCAGACUAUGUCAUGUUUUACAUGUCUGUCUGUCAGCAGCCAGUAAAAAGAAUCAACAAUUUGGUUUUCAGCUGGCGGAAAAAGAAAAGAGUGAUAAGAUUGUUAGCGAGUUAUUUUCCCCCAGAUGACCUGCGAGUAUCUGAACCUGAACUCAACCUGACACUGCUGGCCCCAUCCGUCCUGAACAAGCCAUACCAUGUGAUGCUAGAUGUGCCACUGUCUCUUAGAAGAAGAAUAGUCCAUGCAUAGAGUAUAGCACAUAUAACACAGUAUGCCUCUAACAUGUAUUAUUACCCAGGCAGGCAGCCAGCAAAAGAGGAGGAGCUCACCCCAAAUGACUCAUUCCCUUCACUCCUCUCUUACACUCCUUCUCUUUUACUCUAUAAAAGAAGUGCAAUUGUCCCUUGUGUUUUAUAUAUUGUACUUACUGUACCCUCAGACGGCUCUUUAAGGACAAAGACACGCCAACAAAUGAGCUGCUAAAUUCUGCGUCUCUCACAGCUUGUGUUCUGACGUCUGCUGGAUCCACAGAAAGGGUCCAAACAACAAGUGAAGGGUUUGUUUCAAAAUGAGAUGCAACUUUGAAAAACAAAGCUUUACCUCCGUCAGAGAGGACAGAACGUAACGCAGACAGAUUACACAGCUUUGUUAAGUGGAGUACAACGAUAUGUAACAUAAAUCCUGUGUUGACGACAUGUUUGUGUCGGAUCCUCUGUUUAGUGUUUCAGGGAUGCACUCCUCUGUUUGGAGCAACAGUUGCUGUCGUUGUGUAGUUAUGUAAUACUGCAGAGACGGGCUGUGAUUGACAGUGAAAUAGUUGUGCGGCUGAUGUAUGGGAGACUGAAGCUUCCACAACUCUGAAACCUGCUGCACACGUCAAAGAGCAGAGAAACUGAGACUAUAAUUGGCCGCGAUCAAAGAGUCGUCCUUAAAGAGUCGAGGGUUAUGUAAGAUGUUUGUGAUAUUUAAAUCAAAGUUACACUAACACAUAUACACUACUACACUAUUUUGCAUGUGUUGAGAUGUCAUGUGAAUAUGAUACCACGUAUAUAUUCUGACAGAAUUGCCUUUCACCAAACUGGUACAACAAAGAGAAAAAUAAUCACAUUUAUUUUACAUAUCUGCGAAGAAUUUGAAUUACCUCGAAACGACAAAUAGUAUUUUUGUAAGACUGUGAAUUGAACAUCCUCGAUGCAAGCAAAACGUCUCCUUUCGCACAAGCUACAAAAAAGCAAAAGCAGAUGCAAUUUUUGUUUUGUAGAAAAAACUCUUAGAGAAUCUGAUCAGUUGUGAGAUGUCAGGUUUCUCUGAUCCAGCAGUGCCUUGGCUACGGCUAAGAAAAGCAGAGAUUAAAGCUGCAUUCAGAGCUCCAUCCCUCCGCCUGUCACAGGGGGAGGAGGUGUUGUCAGGCGAGGAUCCGUCCUUCAACAGUGUUGGUGAAAGGAAUCCAUAGAGUCGUUCUUUAAAGCAAUGUGUUUUUACUAAGUCAGAGGGUGAAGUAGACGAGGUCACACAGGGGGAGGCCGCCGGAGGGCUCGGGGCGAUUCAGGUAUUUGUUUUAGAAACGAAUCAAAAAGAUGUUGGAGAUGUACGGGCUGGCAGCACGUCUGUCUGUGGCUUAUUUUGGUUCAUUACCACUUUAACUGAGAUGACGUUCAUCUCUUCAGUGAAAAUGCUCAGCUGCAUUUUUGUCAACGUUUCUUUAAAGGUCCAGUGUGUCGAAUUAGGAGGAUGUGAUAUUAAUAACAUUUGUGUAUAAUCACCUGAAAAUAAUAAUCAUUGUCUUAGAAUGAGGCAUUUAUAUUCAGAUACGGAGCAGGUCCUCGGCCUCAGAGUCCGCCAUGUUGUUUCACAGUAGCCCAGAGUGGACAAAUCAAACACUGGCUGUAGACGGGGACAUUUGCACCUCCAUAGUUCUCCUACACCCCUCCCAGCUGGCCACAAUGUGUGGCUGAAUUUAGGUUGUGACGUCAGGUGAUCAAAAUUCAACGUCUAGUGCCAACGCCAAUUUGAUGUAAAGUAGUGACGACAGAUGACGUUUGUAUUUACUAGUUUUAAUUUGGGCGGAGAUUCGAAUCAUCAGUCGACUGAGAUUGCUUCAGGUUGAGCAGACAGUUUUGGUCCCCAGAUUUUGCUGUGGAGUGAGCGCUCUAGACUCUGUGGUACAGACAGCUGCAGAUACAGUGCAGCGGCACAGAGGAGGAGACACUCUGCACCGUAAGGCUCCAAGAUAACGUUAUCUUCUUUCUGCUCCUAACAAGUGGUGCAUUUACAGCUCACACAUACUUAAUACAACAGUUUCUGACUUUUGUUUGAUAUGUAGUGUCAGCAAAAAGUAUUGUUGCACAUUUCUGAUUCGUCGUUAGCUUGUUUACUGCAAUACACGAGUGUCAAACUGAACAUCCCACUGAGCCCUGCUCUAAAGAAACUGAUCAUUGAAUAUUAGUAUUGAAGAGUCAAAUCUGGUAUAACUGACGUUAUUCUUAGUCAGGUGCAGCCCAAGUUUUAAGUUUUUCUGUCAAGUAACCAAAAUCCAACAUCUUCCAAACUUAUGCUGACGAAAUCUUGACACAGAACAACAACAUUUAGCUAACCCCAGCGUCUGUAAAACAUAAUAUUAACGUCCACACAAUGUGAAGUUUUAAUGAUGUCAGACAUUUGAAAUUUCAUCAACCUUAUUUUCAUUCUAAUCAAAAUGUAACAUCCGUCUGACGUCAUGUUGACGUGCAGUGCCUGCUGGGUUGGUACAGGGAACAAGUGUCAGUUGGUUGCAGUCUGCAACUUCACCACCAGAUGUCACUAAAUCCUUCACACUGGACCUUUAAAAUCAAAAACAGUAUUUAAAGUGAUGGAUACAGAAAUGUUUUUUAUUCAUGCCCAGCCCGAGUUGGUGAACAGAACCUUGAGGUUUUGUAUCAGAGUGCAGACAAACCAAAAAGAGGAUUGAGUUUGUGGGUGACCCCUACUUAUUGCACACAGGGGGCCCAAAGAGCCCUCCACAAGCCUCUCAGUGUGACCGCGACGCAGCUCUCUGGCAGACUGAGCACCCUGGUGUCUUCAUCCUGUAUGUGGAGGCUCGCCAUUUUGUAGCUGAAGUUAUAGGACAAAAACAAAGUUUGGUGUUAAUUGGUUUUAUAUCGGGGGGACGUGGUGUUCUUGCACUGCGGCGAGAUAGCUAACGCAGUGCCAGAGCUUUUUGUUCUUUUCUUUUUUAUUUAUUUGAAGAUUGGCUCCGAUGUUAAAAAAGGCCAACAGAGUGGAAAUGUGUGCACUUGUUCAAGAAGUGGAUAUUUCAAAGGUAUUUUUGUGCUUAUUGGCGAAGGCGACUUGGAGAUGGAUUUUUAACCGUCCAAAUAUUUCUCAGGCCUCAGGGGACUGUUGAUGCUAAUUGUUUGGGCUGUUCUGUCCUGUCGAGGUUAAAAGGGAAUCGCAGGCUCGUCACCCCACAGUCCUCACAGACGGAGAGAGGAAUUUGCUCAGGUGUACUUAUUAUUUCCAUACCUGAGAUUACACAUUUGCCCUAACAAACCCAACGUGUUAUUGAAGAAGAUGGGGGUGAAAUUGUGGUUAAUAUCUUCUGCACAGCCGCGUACAAAAAAAGGACGAUGUAAUUCUUGUCAGGGAACAGUGACGAUUCAAACUGGGAGGUGUUUGAUGUCGUGAUGGCAGAAUUAGAUGUGGGGAAAAAGCAAAGGGCUCAUUUCUUCUCCCCUGUCUAGAGGCCGUCCAAAGCUAAAGGAAAAAACAACUUCUGGCCUCUAUUGUACCGACAAGUAAAAAACGGACUCACUUCAGAAGUGCCAAACUGACUUCCACAUGUUGUUGUGAGGGUGUUCACAGAACGUGAGCAAAAUUGAAAUGCAUUUGCACAAAACUACUGUAACUUCUGUUUUUUUCCUGUGACUGAUGCUUUUAUAAUCUAAUGUUGUUUUUAUUGCACCUCGUAAUCCAUUAAAUAUUUCUAUGGUU